AUGCGACGUAAAAUAGCUAAACCCCUCCUCCUUACCGCCAGCUUCACCCUCCUCCUAACCUUCGUCUUCUAUCUUGCUCACGACACCGUUCUCUCCAACUCCCGCAUCAUUGGCUGGCAAGCAUAUACAUCUAUCGAUCUCCGCAAAUCCUCCUCCCCCUCUACCUCCUCCUCUCCUCAGUCCUCAGUCACCUCGACUUCGCCCGCCUCAGAGCAAUACGACGACAUCUUCCCACUCGACUUCUACGCGCCUCUCCUCCCCAACCCUUCCCCGCUUACCGAGAUCACAGUCCACUCUUGUCUUCCCAUCGCAUCAUGCUCCCCUAAGACUACACCUGCGGAAGAUGCACUGCUAGGGAAGUGGGUGAAGGUGGAUCGAAGUUUGAGUCCAACUGGACAGUACGGUGCCAGUGCGGGGGGUAUGUUGGGGAAUUUAUUUGGGAGUAUUGAACAACGGUACAUCUUUUAUAGAAGAUCUAGACGGCGAGACGUGCAGAAUGUAGUGGAACUCAAAUUGGUCGAGGAGGGAGAAACACCUCCGACACCAGGCGGCGAUGAAGGGUGGCAUCGCAUCAAAAAGGGUCUGCGUUCGAAGACGGUGAGGUUAAUAAGUGGUGAAAAAGCUCUACAUCUCUACUAUCGUACCGUUUCUCCCGCGCAGAGGCAGGCACAGAGCUCGGGACUGUGGAAGAGGAAGGCAGCAGAGGCAAUUACAGAGCUGGAUCUGGUAUACGGAGAUAACCCACUCUGGCCAGGGUUCGAGUCAGCGGGGUUAGUGAGCCAGGAACAUAGCUCCAUAGGUGCUACUCAAGUCAGCCUCUCCUUUCGUCGGAACCCGAUGAGGAAGCCACCCCUAUCACCGUUGAAGUUCAAGCAAGAUGGGUCAUUUAAAAUCCUCCAACUGGCGGAUUUACACUUUUCCGUCAAUCCAGAACCAUGCAGAGAUUAUAACCCGAAAGAUCCUCGGUGGGCAACUCGCGGAUGUUUGUCAAAGAACGAUACGUUUUCUCUCAUCGACAAUUGGCUCGAUACGGAGAAACCCGACUUGGUGGUGCUUACAGGAGAUCAGCUUAAUGGUCAAGGAACUUCAUGGGACCCUCGUUCGGUGCUAUCCCUCUACACCGCACCACUUAUUGCGCGCAAGAUCCCAUACGCGGUCAUUCUUGGCAACCACGACAGCGAAUCUGGACCGCUGACACGUGGGGAACAGAUGCAGAUCAUCUCCCAAAUGCCGUACUCCUAUAGCCAAGUUGGGCCGGCCAUGGUCACAGGGGAGGGCAAUUAUCUGCUCAAAAUAGAGAGCGGGAGGGAAGAUAGAACCCACGUAGCAAGUCUAUGGUUCAUGGAUACAGGUGCACGGGCAGAGAGGGACAAAUGGAAGCCAUGGACAAAGCCAGGUUAUGGUUAUGUGCAUAAAGAUCAAAUCGAGUGGUUCGAAAAGCAUUACACCGAUAUCAAACAAGUUUUGCUACCUUAUAAGCCGGAUGGGGCGAAGGAUCUUCCACAACAGAACUGGAAGCGAGCGAGACGUGCAUCAGCACGACAACUAUCCGAUGCAACCGGAGAUAGCUCGAGGAGGGAUGUUACAUGGGACGCAGCAGCAGACCAAAAUCAAGCGCUCGCCAGACCACCAUCAAUCGUAUUCAUGCACAUCCCCAUCCCCGAAGCAUUCAAUCCCGUCGAUACCUCCCCUUCACCACUCUCUGUUUCAAACCCAACCAACACCUCCAUCUCCCGCACAACAAUGGCAGUAGGAGAUAGGAAAGAAACAGCAACCUUCGAAGGAGCUCAAUCUCAACCUGGUAUAUUUGACCUUUUUACCCAACUAAACACUCAUGCACUCCCCGACGUAGGAGGGGCCGGAAACAUUGCAGGGGUGAAGUUAGUUGUUCAUGGUCAUAUGCAUCUGAAUUCGGACUGUAGAAGGGUGAAUAAUGUUUGGAUUUGUUUUGGUGGCGGUUCGUCACUUGCUGGAUACGGGAAUGCCAAGGUGGAGCGGAGGGCUAGGGUGAUUGUGUUAGAAGAAUGGGGGAGGAGGAUUAGAACGUAUCAUAGGAUCAGUUCGAAGGAUGCAGGCGAGGCGGGCAAGAGACACGCACACACGCAUGAAAGGUGA